GUAGUUGGCUUUGGUUUGGGGUUUAAAUUCAAGGUUAGUGUUGAGUUAGAAUUGGGAUUAAAGACGGAGUUAAAUUUGAGUUAGAGUAAUGUUAAGUGCCAGGCUGGGGUUGGGUUAGAGCCUUAUUUGAUUUCUCUUUCUAUGUGGAGACUCCAGUGAGUUCAUUAAUUUCUUUGUAAAAGCCUCCCUGCUCCUCACCGUAAAGUUAGGUUAGAACCAGCUUUCCACAUUAUCACCCUUCACAUACAGGGAAACUUGCAACUAACCACUUGCCUCUCCACAGAGAGAAACUGUAUCCUUCCCAGUUUCUGAAACUGAGAUUGAAACCGAGACCUGCCCUUCCUAACAGGAUUCUAGUAGAACGUCAUAAUGUCUUUGACACCAGUCUCAAGCAUCCUAUCUCAGCCUUCAGCUUUUCCAGUCUCAAAAUGAGUUCAUAAUCCUUCCCUCAGUCUUCACCUCUCGGUUCUUCACCUCUCUGCUCUUUUGGUUCCCCCUCUCUUGGUCCUUCAGUCUUUCAGUCUUUCUUUCUCUCUCUCUGUGUCUCUCUCUCCCUCCCUCAGUCUCUCUUUCAGUUCUUCAUAUUCCCCACCCCCCAGGUUUCUCAAGCUCCCCAACCUCCCAUCCUUCAGUCUCUUCAUGUUCCUCUGUUUCUUUCUGUACCUCAGUCUUCUCCUCCACUCUGUUUCUGUCUUUCAAUGUCCUUUCUGUCUCUCACUGAUAUUUGGAUUGGGUGUGCAUCAUACUUAUUUGAUUCCAUUCUUCUCAGAGGUCUCCCUGUCUUUUAUCUGCCCUCACUACCAAAUGACAGAAAAACUGGGUCAGAAAAACACAGAUAGAAACAAGAACACAAGAAAAGAUUGAAGGAAACAGAGAUGGCAGAUAGUGAGAUAAAGAGACAGACAAGCCCAGCUAAAAGGAAAGGGAAAUAGGAAAGGGGAAGGAAAAAGUAAGAAAUGACAGAUAGGAAGGGGGAUGAUGACAAACUUGGAGGAUGAGGGAUAGAUUUGAGAGAGAAGGAUGAGCCAUUGUGUGUGUGUGUGUGUGUGUAUUAGAGUAGAAGUAGGGGAGUGAGUUGAAGUAUAUUGUAUCAUGAAGUACGCCUUAUAUAUGUAGCUCAGAACAUGGAAGGACAGUUUUGUGUAUAGGAAAUCUUGUCAGCUGAACGCUGCUCACACUAACAAUACUUUGCCUGGCAUGUUGUAUAGUAUAAAUUAUGAUUAAGAGGUUUAUGUAGAAUAUACAAAAGAUAACUAUGCCACCUGAGGGGGUGAGAUUAGGAGGGGAAAACAAUUCUAUACAGACUCAAUCUGGAAGAGGGAAGCAAUGUCACAUGUGGCUACAUGAUUUGUUCUUUGUUGAAUCUCAGGCACCACAUGCUAGAGACAGGUAAGACUAUGGGCUAAGGAACAUAUAACUUGAGACAUCAGGAAUGUGUGUAUGGCAGGUGGGAUAGAUAUAAGUAGUAGAGAAUGAGGAAAAUGGGGGUGGAUAGUCUGGGGGGAGAGUGGAGGGGUCAUGAAAGAAAUAAAGAUCUGGAAGAUCCCUGGGGGCUCUUCCAAUUCAGUCCCCCUCCCCCUUCACAUUCAUGUUACCUUUCCCCUAAACCCUCCUAACCCCACUCCCUUUUCCCAGAACCAUGGUCUCCUAGCCCCCAGCCUUCGGUUCUCCCUCCCAGCCUCAACCUUUCCUGCCUUCGGCAGAAACACCAGCUCGUUCUUCUAAGCCCUGGGGGCUUCCCCGGCCAGGCUAGGGCCCUGAACCCUCCCGCCCUGCUGCCGCUUCCUCUAUAAAGGGACCCAGGCGUCCGGGCCCAGGAAGCCCAGCUCAUAGCAGGUUCUCCCCAUGACCUCAUCUGGAGUCCUGUGCCUCCUGGGGGCGCUGUGCCUCCAGGUGCUUUGGCUGCAGCUAUCAGGGGCUCAGGGGGCUCCCAAUCCUGAUAACUCCCACUCAUCUAGCCCAGCCCCACCUCAGACACCUCAGCAUCUCAGCCAGAAGAGCCCAAAAAGAGACACCCUCAAACCAGCUGCCCACCUUGUUGGAGAUCCCAGCACCCAGGACUCUAUACAUUGGAGGGCAAGCACAGACCACGCUUUCCUCCGACAUGGCUUCUCUCUAAGCAACAACUCCCUGUUGGUCCCCACAAGCGGCCUCUACUUCGUUUACUCCCAGGUUGUCUUCUCAGGAGCCAGCUGUUCUUCUGAGAUUACUCCUACCCUACUCUACCUGAGCCAUGAGGUGCUCCUCUUCUCCUCCAAGUACCAGGUUCAUGUACCCCUCCUGAGUGCCCAGAAGUCUGUGUGCCCAGGGACCCAAGGACCCUGGAUGAGAUCAGUCUACCAAGGAGCUGUGUUCCUGCUCACCCAGGGAGAUCUGCUUUCCACUCAUACAGAUGGUGUCUCUCACCUGCUCCAGUCCCCUAGUAGUGUCUUUUUUGGGGCCUUUGCACUAUAGAGAAAGAGAAAAAUAAAGAGGAAAAUGGCUUCAAGGCCCACCUCCAUGGCCCUUUCCUCUAUUCUGAAAGUUUCAAGGGUCCACACCAACAUUCCCUGCUUCCACCAUUGCUUCGGUUUCUUUCAAGUAUUUCCCUUCUCUGUAACCUCCAGAGAUGGAAUUCUGGGUGGUGUGAAGGCUCUCCAGAAUGGGGGUUGAGGUGAAGGCAACCAAACACCCCACUACCCCUGAACCACUGCCAGAUGCUGGACUGAGAAUUUCAAGUCUAACCAGAACUACCUAGACAAAAGUAAUUUGGUUGGCUGGCUCAUAGUCUGAAUGGGGUUUAAGACUGGCCAUGGAAGGAAAAAGGAAAGAAAGGGUGUGUAGGGUGGGUAUCAGGGGUUGGUUGGGACAGGGAAUGGGGGAAAUUAUUUAUGAAUGGUGAUUAUUAAAUUAUUUAUUUAUAAAGAAGCAGAGAAUGGGAAGAGGGAGAUAGAAAGACAGAAAGAUAUCUCAGGGAGACAUAUCAGGUAGACACACAGGCAAAAGAGAAAAAGUAGAAAAGGAAUGAGGGAGGGAGGGAGUGUUUCAGGUGAAAAGGAGAAGGGCUUGUAAAAAUGGGGACAACAGAGUGCUAGGGACCCUAUCUGGACCUAUGCCCUCAGCAAAGUUCAAUAAAUAUUUUUCCUCUGA